UACAUUUAUAACCACACAGACCGCGGCGUUGUCUUCGGCUUAGAGCUGAGCCGGACGGACGGACAGUUACACCCAGGAGAACGUGGAGUAAACUUAAUGCUUUACCCCGGACGAUUAGAGAGACGGGAAAGUUGGAAAUAACAGAACAAAGUUCCAGUUUGGGUCUGGACCUCUGUCUCCUGUCAGGGCUACGAGCUGCGGGACUCUAAGCUAACAGCGGUGAGACGCUGUGGAGGUAACCUAUCUCUGUUCAGCCUGCUGUGAUUUGGACAGUCUUUAGCCUUUAUACACACGUCUUCUAACUUUACACAGUGUCUUCAAAAUGGAUAAAUACGAGGAUUUAGGACUAGAAGCGAGUAAGUUUAUCGAGGAUCUAAACAUGUAUGAAGCAUCCAGAGAUGGUUUAUUUCGAACGAGAAGGGAUGCGGGAAACAACCCCGACUUUGAAGAGACAAGAAGAGUUUUUGCCUCUAAAAUGACUAAAAUACACAUGCAGAAACACCAAGAGGAGAUGGCGAAAAACAACCAGGCCAUUAAAAUGAAUGGGGGUCUCAGCAGCACAUAUUACACCAAAGACAGACCGCCCAUCAAUUGUUACCGACAGCCGGGUGAAGCGGCAGCGAAGCCCCCGAUCCUCUCUGGCCCCGUGCCGGGCACCACGGCUGGUAAUCAGUACGCACAGUCUGACAGCCAGAAACACCACGCAGGCAUCCAGUCUGAACUUCCAGGAAGCAGGGCAUAUGGCUACGGAAACAAUUACGAUAAUAAGGAGCGUUUAGAGCCGCUUUCAUACCAGCACAGCACCCAUAGUCCCUCCACCCCAGGAAACGCGUCCCAUAGCGCGCCCACACACGCUCGUCAUCCCGUCAGCCAGGCAGCUGCUUGGGCCCCAUCCAGAGAGAACCAGCUUUCCCCAUCUCUGUCUGAGUCUGGGAGCAGCAGCACAUCUCACCAGCAGCCCCAGCUCCUGCCUGCACCUCCCACAAUCAACAGUCUUCCAUCUCAGCAGACUCCGGCUGUCACUUCUUCUGUAAAUCGCAGUCCCCCCUCCUCUGCUGGUCCAGCCAGGGGAUGGGCUGGAGAGCCUUCUGGCUCAGCAAAAGCAGACCUCAUCCCUGCCCUCCCUCUGAGUGCCUUCACAGGAGGAACAGAUUUCCAUGUGCAGCAGCCCUCCACACAGGCUGCUGCCGAUUAUGCACCACCUUCUCCAACUUUGAGAGCCUCUCCUAGCCAUAAUAGUUCUGUGGCAGCUUCCUCUGUCCUGCCUGCAUCUGCUGAAACACCUCAACCCAAAGCGCAGGUGACCUUUGCUCCCCUGAGUCCUGGCAGUGUCUCCAAAGACAGCAGCCAUGGUCAAAGUCAGAGCCACACACCCAGCUGUGGCCCGGCCCCCUGUACUGAAGCUGAGGUCCCAUGUUCCCCCAAGUCAGUCCAACUACCCUGCCAGUCUAUCCUCAAGCAACCCCCUGAACAGGGGCCUUCAGCAGCUGAAAUAAAACUAGAAGCUCUAACAAAGCGACUGGAAAAAGAGAUGGAUGCCCAGCCAAAGGCUGACUACUUUGGAGUUUGUGUUAAGUGUAACAAGGCGGUGUAUGGAGCCAACCAGGCCUGCCAGGCUAUGGGUAGCCUCUACCAUGACAGCUGCUUCACCUGCAGUGCCUGUAGUCGAAGGCUGAGAGGGAAGGCUUUCUACUAUGUUGGAGGGAAGGUUUUCUGUGAAGAAGACUUUCUGUACUCUGGUUUCCAGCAGUCUGUGGACAAGUGCAACGCAUGUGGACAUCUAAUCAUGGACAUGAUCCUGCAGGCCCUCGGGAAAUCCUACCACCCCGGCUGUUUCCGCUGUGUCAUCUGUAACGAGAGCCUUGAUGGAGUGCCCUUCACCGUGGACACUGAAAAUAAGAUCUACUGUGUCAAAGACUACCACAGGGUCUUGGCCCCUAAAUGUGCAGCCUGUAACCAGCCCAUCCUGCCCACAGAGGGGUCUGAUGAAACUAUUCGAGUUGUAUCCAUGGACAAAGACUAUCACGUGGAGUGCUAUCACUGUGAGGACUGUAAGAUGGAGCUGAACGACGAGGAGGGCCACCGCUGCUACCCUCUGAACGGCCACCUUCUGUGCCACUCGUGCCACCUGAAGCACAUUGAGCCUGGCUGCUCCCCCUCCAUCACUGCUGCCUCCUACUGACACUGCUGUAGGAGGAGGGAGACGCCUGGUGGACCUGUGGAGGAACUGCCAAAGAGGGACUUGGACAGCAGGAGCAGACAUGUACAGUUGUUAUUGUAGAGGACUGAUUAAUGUAAUGCACCAAACCAUACUCUGGUUUGCUGUGUACUUUGACAGGAAUGGUAAUGAAGUCUCAAUUAUGCAGAAUCUAAAAUAUUUCUAACUCAGUAAUCAAGUAUUGCAAUACACCAAAGUUCUGCUUUGAAUGCAGUGAAGCGCUGCGUUCUGCAGACUUUGCAGAAGUGAUCUCCUAAGUUUGUUGUUAUGUAAAUAUCAGUUGCAUUGUCUGUGUAAAUAGUCAAAUAAUUUUAGACAGUGUGCCUUCAGCUUAACAUUCACACGUCUGCUGUGAAAUAAAGUUCAAAACUGAUCGAUAAAUAAUGUGUUCACAGGUUCUAAUAAGGAUGAUCACUUAUAAAAAAUGAAGUCCACUGUGAAAUGUGACUCAGAUGACAGGUACCUGAUGCUUCAGUCAGAUUGAAAGGACAAGUUGCUGCUCAUUGACAUGUUUAAAAAUAAUGUUUCAGUUACAUGACACUGCUUUGUGUAAUCAGUGAAGGCAUUUCACAGAAUGGUUUGGAUUUUUCCUCCAGUCUGGAGGGAGGACAACAGCUUCUACACACAAUGAUAACAAUUUAUAAAGAGGCUUUUAUUGUUGAAUAUUAUAGAAAGAAGUCAUAAUAGUAAUUCCCUAUUUUCCCAUUUGUAAUGAGUUACCAUUGUAUACAAAGUGUUCAUUUCCUUCUCACGCUGUUUACCAGUGGCCAUUGGGGAAAUCAGACAACUACACAGGCAUCUGUGAAAGGCCUCAGUAUGUUGGUCUUCAUUUUUCAUAUGCAAACACUGAUAUGCAAUAAAUCAUUUCAACCUAAACUUGACCUGUUAAACUCCUCCAGGUUGGAAUGCCUCUCUGUACUCAGUGCAUAUCAUUUCAGCCACACAAAACAUUUUUAUUACUUUUCUUUUUUGUUUUGUCUGAGCAGCAAUGGUUCUACUAGUAAAUAAGCAGCUUUGUUUGUUUGUUUGUUUUUGUUAUACAGUUUGUUCUAAGCACUUGGACAUAGGAGCAUGUUCCACACCAUUGAAGAGGUUUAGGCCUGUAGAUCUGUGUUUUGUUAUAUUUACAAACUUUGUGUAUUUUAAAAAGCUGUAGGCCUAUACUGAUUUACUUUAGUGCAAAGCCCCUUAAAUACUAAUUUAAUUUAUAGUGGGAAAUGACCGUUUCGAUUGCUAUUUGCCAUCCAGAUGUUAAUAUUGAUAUUAAGUUAAUAUUUACAUUUGAAGUCCUUAAUUUCAUAACCAACCCUAGAUUAAGGUGAAGAGCAAACAUAUAUCCUGUAUGAUUGUUGUAAAGAAACUGUUUAAUAAAUGCAUUGAAAUAGG